CUGUCAUUUGGAGUAACACCAGGCAAAGAGGGGAACCGAGACACACGACAGUCGGGAUAAGCGUCAACUUUUUUCAUGUUUCCAGACUCGGAUGAACUCCUAACACAUUUUUAAGACUAGUUGGCGUCAGCUAGUCAUUUUCAUGACUGAAUAAAAACAAAUCUUCGUUUAGGGAAACUACCCAGCUACGAAUUCAACCGGCAAGUUGAAGCUGCGCACUACACCAACAUUUAAACAGUUGUAAUUAAUGACUUAAGUUUAGUUAAUGAAUGCCUGGGGAGGAAUUUAGUUAGAAUUUAGACAUAGUUAGGUUCAGUCAUGUCAGCAUCACCUGUACACUCAGCUCGGGUCAGGCGCAGCAAUGACGGGUCCCCCAUCAACACCUCCUCCUCCUCCUCCUCCUCCUCCUCCUCAGCAGCAGCAUCAUCAUCAUCAUCAUCAUCCUCCGCCGGCAACACGAGCCGGUUGCAGCCCAUUCGCGCCACGGUGCCCUACCAGCUCCUGCGUGGAAAUCAGCAGCACAGCCCGACCCGCCCUCCCGCGUCCUUCUCCACCUCCUCCUCCUCCUCCUCCAUCUCAGUCGGAAGCAACACAGAACCGACAGCAUCAGCCCAGCACAGCAGCUCCAGUCCCGGCAGCCCGACGCUCGCCAGUCCGGCAGGAAGCGGCUCGCUGGACGGUCGGCUGAUCCCGCGCCAGAGGCGCUCUCCUCCGGAGCACAGGAGCUCACCCGAGCGCUGCCCUCAUUCACCUGUCCUUAGAGUUGAGAGGUCAAAGUCGCAACAGGUGCGGAGCACAGGUGCUAUCAGACGGACUUCCUCUCUGGGUACUAUCACCGGGCCCUACCUGAUAGGGCAGUGGCCACGUGAAUCCCACCUGCACAACCCCUCGUGCAUGAAAGACAAGUCCACACAGACUCCUGGAUGUUGGAGUGACGAGAGUGAAGAGAAAAGGAGCACACACCAGCGCUCGGCGUCCUGGGGCAGCUCUGACCAUCUUAAAGAGAUUGCUAAGCUCAGGCUCCAGCUGCAGCGGAGUAAGCAAGGCGGAGGCCGGCAGUGUAAGGACAGUAAAGAGCGUCUUUCCCCCCUCCACUGCUCUUGCAGCACCACCACCAUUACUGCCACUACCAUCAGCACAGCCAGCCAAGCUCCGUCGUCCAUGUCGAAGUCAGCACAGAUGCCACUGUCCAACAUCACGGUGCCAAAGCCCUCCAUCUCCAGGGUUCCCAGCAGCAUGGAGGGCAUCAACCAUGAGCUGGAGAAAGUCUUCAUCAAAGACAAUGGGGAGAAAGAGGAGCUCAAGGCGCUGGAGGUUCCUGACGGGCGACGGGCUCCGUUUCCUCCGCAGCAGCGCAGCAGCAGUAGUCGCGGUAUAGACACUCAGACGCCAUCAGUGCCUGGACGCUCCAGUAGCUGCUCGAGUCUGUCGCCCUGCCCCUCGCCCGCGUGCCCGCCCCGCUCACAUGACGGCAGCCCGUACUCCACCGACGAGAUGCUGGACGACAGAGACAAAGACAGCGGCAGCAGUUCUCCUCUGCCUAAAUUCGCCUCGUCCCCCAAACCAAACAACAGCUACAUGUUCAAACGGGAGCCUCCAGAGGGCUGUGAGAAGAUCAAAGUGUUUGAGGAAAUGACGUCCAGACAGUCGGCCACCGUCCCCCUGUUCUCCUGCCCUGACAAAAACAAGGUCAACUUCAUCCCCACGGGCUCUGCGUUCUGCCCCGUCAAGCUCCCGGGAUCCCUGCUCCAGCACUCCAGCUCCCAGCAGGAGGACGAGGAGAAAGAGGAAAGCCAGGCCGGCGCCAGCGGCUCACACGCCCUCGCCCCACACCAUCAUCACAUGCCCACUCAGGUCUCCACCAGCACGAGCACAGACGACCCUCCCGAAUCUCCCUCCCAACAGCAGGAGGCGCCCUCAGAAUCGGCCUCCCAGCCUCAGAACUUUGAAGUCAGCUAAACGCGGCAGAGCUGGUCUCGGUCGCGCCGCUCCGCUCCCGUGUAGAGGACCGUUCGUUCCCCGCCCCAAACUUCCUCCUCUCUCUCUCUCUGAUGGACCCCACCUUUGUGCUGAAUCUUUACUAUCUGCAUGGCAUAGCAACUGUGGCCCGAACGAGAAUCGCGAACGCAAACGCAGCCGAAGGGUCUGAGUAUGUGGCGAUGCCACGCUUCGGCGUCUGGACGGGAACGGCGUCUGAAGGAUGCGUUUUUGGGAAAAGGACCUUAGAAUAUGCAAAUCGAAAAAUUCUAAUGGCUUCACUGUUACCUUGAUAAACGAGUGAGAGUCUCAUCAGAAAUCUUAUUUAUUAAAUUUGCCUAUCGAUAAGUUCAGUCACAUUCCAGAUAUUCCCGUUUUGCUUUUUUAGUGUCGGAUGUGGUACUUUUCCAUCUGAUUUGAUUCCGCGUUGAUCCCGAGCAACUGCACAGCUGUUUCCAAACGCAGCUUUGCUUUCGUCGUGUGCUUAAAAUUUAAGCAAAGUGGCUUUUGUAUGAGCACUAUAGUCAGCGCAAAGCGAGGUGUCGCCUUCGAAAACGCCGCCGAUUUUACCAGGAGAAAGACGUCUGGAGCUUUCAGGAAGGUCUUAAUAGUGUCAGGGCAUGCAUUUGAAACUGAUCGUAUGUUUAACAUUAAAUUAUGUGUCGUGUUCUCUUUCAACAUCCACAGUAUGAAUAAGCUCUCUCUCUAUCAAUAUAUCUAUAUAUGAGAAAUCUAUAUAUAAAGAAAAAAAGCUUGUUUGAAUUUAAAACCGUGUAUUGCUGUGUUAUGUACAUUAUGGGAGCUGUACUCCACGGGUUGGCGACCGUUUGGGUUUCAGAACGAGACAACACAGAAAAAGUACUAAAGGUUUUGUUUUCACACUUGUUGCACAGUGUCCGCCUGCGGCCUCGCUUCAGGUGCAUCACACGCGGUUUAAACUCAGGUAAAACUCACAUUCAGAUCCGUCUCAUCAUUCUCUGCGCUCCAUCGCAUUCCAUGUUGGGUGGUGCUUUCCGGAUGACGGGCUCACCGAGGGUUUGGUCGGGUCGGAAAACAUUAGACGGGUCGUACGACCCUCAUGGAUCAGACACGCAUCCUCACAGUCACUAUAUGACACAUCAGCUUUUAAUAUGACAAACUAAAGCCCACAUCAUAGGAUUGAGGAGUGCAAGAUGCAUAUUCUGCCUAUUACAGUACUGUUUAAGUAGCAUGUUGGGAAAAAAAUGAUUUUGAUAAUAAAAUUGUAACUUUUUUUAAGAAGUUCCAUAAUAAGCCAUUUAUCUGAGUAAUGAAAUUGAGUUUCAAGAAUAAAAUCGUAACAUUAUGAGAUUAAAAUACAUCAAGAAACUAAUCAUUUCUUUGUUGGUAAAUCCCAUUUUGAAUGAUUUAUGAUUUCUGUUAACUUACACCUACUUGUAAACGUUUCAUUUUUUAUUUUAUAACUUUCUGUUACUGUAACAUUGCAACUUUAUUCUCAAAAUCUUAAAAAAAAAUAAAUAAAAAAUGUUCAACUUUAACAUGCUACUAGGACAUGCUGUGGAAGCCUGUUUCUGCCACUGAAUAAAAAAAUUUAAAAAGCAUUUAUUGCAAUCUUACACUUCUGACUUUUUUCCUGAUAUAAACUCAGAAUUGAGAGAAAAGUCCGAUUUGUGAGAUGUAAACUCACAAUAACGAUAAAGUUAGAAUUGCAAGACGCAGUCUUACAAUUGUGAGAAAAAAAAGUCAGAAUCGCGAGAUGUAAACUCGCAAUUGCAAGAAAAAAGUCGUAAUUGCGAGAUGCAAACUCUCAAUCAUGAGAAAAGUUGGAAUUGCAAAAUGUAAACUCGCAGUUGUGAGAAAAGUCAGAAUUGCGAAUUGUAAACUUGGAAUUGUGGGAAAAGUCAGAAUUGCAAGAUGUAAAUUCACAAUUGUGCGAAAAAAUCAGAAUUGCGAGAUGUAAAUUUGUAACUGUGAGAAAAGUCAGAAUUGCAAGAUGUAAACUUUGCAUCUUGCAAUUGCAAGAAAACGGUAAACUUGCAAUUGCAAGAAAAGUCAGAAUUGUGAGGUGCAAACUCGCAAUUGCGAGAAAAAAGUCAGAAUUGCGAGAUGUAAAUUUCUAACUGCGAGAAAAGUCAGAAUUGCGAGAUGUAAACUCACAAUUGUGAGGAAAAAAAUGUCAGAAUUGCGAGAUGUAAACUCAUAAUAACCAGAAUAAAAAAGUAGGAUUUGCGCAAUUAUGAGAAAAAAAAGUUGAAUUGUGUGAUGCAAACUCACAAUCGUGAGUAAAAAGUCGGAAUUGUGCGUUUGCAUCUCGCAGUUAAUGCAAAUGAGUUUGAAUCUCAAAGUUGCGAGAAGAAAGUUGGAAUUGCGAGAUGCAAACUCUCAGUCACGAGAAAAGUUGGAUUUGCGAAAUGUGAACUUGCAGUUGUGAGAAAAGUCAGAAUUGCGCGAUGUAAAUUCACAAUUGCGAGAACAAAAGUCUGAAUUGCGAGUUUGCAUAUUGCAAUUGCAAGAAAAGUCUGAAUUGUGAACUGUAAACUCGCAAUUGCGAGAAAAGUCGAAAUUGCAAUGUGUAAACUCGCAAUUGUGAGAAAAAAAGUCAGAAUUGUGAGAUGCAAAUUUGCAAUUGCGAGAAGAAAUUCUGAAUUGCAAAAAAAAAAAAAUUGAGACACGUAAACUAGCAGUUGUGAAAAAAAUAGUCAGAAUUGCGAGAAGAAAAAUUCUGAAUUGUGAGGAAAAAAUUCACAAUUACCUUUUUUUUUUUUAUUAUUCAAUGGCAGAAAUGGGCUUCCAUAAGGUGCUGCUGGUGAAUAGUCUAAAAUAAAAGGGUGAAUUUCCCUAAGAAAAUGUCUGGCGAAAAUAAAGAAAAGAAAAAUCAUUGUUUUGCAUAGUGGAAUUAAGGCUAUUUUUAGGUUUGUUUGUUUGUUUUUUUGGCAUUUUUAAUCAUCAAAAAUGUCACAAUGCAAAACAUCUAAUGGGCAUAAAACACUGUAAAAAUGAUUGCUGUGAUUAGCUAUCAAAUUAAAAUUCCACAUUAAAGUAAGCAAUAAAGUGUUGUUUCAAGUUUAAAAAAAAAGUGUUAAUGCUUAACUUAUAAGUUAAGCAUAACUUAAAAUAAUAAGCUAUGUUGAGUUAACUUUAAUUUACUCAAUGAGACUCAAGUUUUAUCUAAAAAUAAAAAGCUGUUAAAUCUAAUUGCAGCAGCAUUUUUACAGUGAACCAGUCUUUAUUUAUUUGAAUUUUAAAUAAAUUGAAUUUUAAAUUGACAUUUUAAAUUUUUAAAUAAAUAAAAGUGCUUGUUUUAUUUUGUGGAGAAAUAUGAAAUUGACAGUUUUCAUGAGAUUCACCACUUUAUACAAGCAGAAUAUAUUUCAGUCAUAAAACACUAAACCUCAAAUAUUUAACCCAAUAUAUACCCAAAGGUUUUGUCAUCUGCAGUUCAACAAAAACAGUUUUUUCAAGAGAGUGUAUCCAUUCACAUUACCAUACGUUUAUACACAUGUUGGCUGUCAUGACAACAAAAGCAUGCGUUUAUGAUUUUUACUGAUUAACUGAUCAACUUUUUGUGCAGGAUCAAGUGACAGAAAGCAUGAUUUGUCAGUGAAGACUUUUCUGGUCUCAAAGCAGAAUUUUUAUAUGGUCAAACAAUAACGUACUGUGCUUUUGCAAUCAAUAGAAAGAUAUUAAUUUAUCCAUCUCAUGAAAUCAACCAUUGACAACCAACAUAAUAUUACAUUGUCAAUAUGGAAGGCUUUAAAAGUAACAAUGCAACCUUUUAUGCUGCACCUUAUAUCAAAAGACCAAGUAGUUUAGUCAAAGAUGAAACUCGUUUUGGUAAGUGAAGGGUUUGCAAUAAUCAUGCUCUUUCAUUUUAAAAGCUUGACUAUCUGCACCUUUUCAUGUCUCCAUUCCAUACAUGUGUGAUUCUGGAGCCAAAUCAGCACACAGCCUGUUAAUAAAGCCAUCGACUGCUAUCAAAACCAGCACUGCAGUUUAAAAGCACAUUGCUGGCCAUCACGGGACGUGUGUUUGUAGAUCAGGUGAAAAUGUCAGGCUGACCUGCUGUCUGUUCACACACAAUGGCAAUAAAGCAUUUUGUUGUUGUGACUGUACAAACCAGAUAUGUGUGUGAAUGGAGGUGGAUGGAGGACGUCAUUGGAUUUGAAAGGGAAAAUAUAUUAACUGAGGACAAGGGAAGCAUAUCAUCCGCAUAGUGGUUACUCUUUGCCUAUCGCCGACUCACACGUCAAGAAAAUGAUUUUUAAAGCCUUGCAGCUUGAAUUGUUUUCCUGUGGCACAGGCUGCUGAGCUUGCAUAAGGUUAUAGGCCCACUGUCCGUGUCUGGUGACUGUAUACAAAUGACAGUAUCAAAAGCCACACUUUCUUCAACUUUUAGCCUCGAGCGGCUAAUUGUUUCUUUAUUUCAAUAAUAGGAAUCUUGUGUCUUAUUUAAAUAAAAUAAUCAUUAGAAUUAAA